AUGUCACCUAGAGCCGUAACGCUGUGCUAUUUUCAGGUAUACCAUUUUGCCACAGAGGCACUAGUCAUCAAAAUGAAAGAGGUUUUCCUUCACCUCUGUUUGGUUGUGUUUCUGGUCCAUGGUGGUCAUCCUAAAGCCAUCUCGGACACAAGGUCUGAAGGGUUAGCUGAAGAUGAGUUGGGAAAACUUUUAGCACUGAGAGAAAAUUUUGCAAAUGGCAUUCAAACACUGAAAGAAAAAUCAAGCGAUGAAGUUGCAAAUGUCGUAGCGCUGCUGAGGAAUGAAGUUGCUAAGGACCAAGAGCUAGAAAGACAAGCCGAGUAUAAGCGCUAUUUGGAUUCCCUGAAAGAAGGAGACUUCCACGAAGGCGACAUAUUAGUUGACAAGGAGCUGCUAGCAAUGCUUAGAGAUGACGUCAGUGAUGCACCAGCGGAGAAGAGACAGAUGACGUCAAGGGCUAACAGGAAGUGGAGAAAGUCUGGUAAUGAUGUCAUCAUUCCUUAUACCAUGGCUGCUGGUGGUUCAGCUUCUUCUGCGUUCCAGUUGGCGAUUAACAGUCUGAGCAUGUUAACUUGCGUCAAAUUUCAACACAGAACAAAUCACAGGGACUAUAUUAAAGUAACAGGGGAUGGUAGCAGUUGCUUUUCACCCUAUGGUCGCCAAGGUGGCAUGCAGACACUGAAUCUUGGGAACGGAUGCUACAGCAAAGGCACUGUGCUGCACGAAAUACUUCAUGCAAUUGGAUUUUUCCACGAACAAAGUCGACCUGACAGAGAUAAUUACGUCACCAUCAAUUAUAGAAAUAUCAAAUCCGGAAUGUCAAGUCAAUUUGCAAAGAAACGAUCUUGGGAAGUAACAACCAAGGGCCAACCGUACGACUUCCAGUCUCUGAUGCACUACAGAAAUACUGAAUUCAGCGCCAACGGACAGAAAACGAUACAGGCAAAAGCCAACCCAUCCAUGACACUCGGGAAUGACGACUUGUCUGCAACUGAUGUCGACAAGAUUAAUUUGUUCUAUGGAUGCCCACAGGCUCGAUGGAAAAUGGACGACUUUGUGAUUCAAGUAAAGACCAGUUCGUCUUGGUUUUCUGGCACCGAUGCCAAGGUAUAUAUGGAAUUGUUCUGGGCAGAUGGCGUGAAUUCUGGAGAAUUCCCAGUCCAGGGAGAAUUUGAGAGGUGGUCCGUGGAUACCAUGGAGCUGUAUUUGCCGAACGAGAGCAAUCUGAGUAAGAUAAAUAUUCGUCAAGAUGGCACUGGUUUUGGCUCCGAUUGGAAACUAGAUAGGGUGACAAUAGAAGAUAAAACCCGAAGUACAAGAUAUGAGUGUUAUUGUGACUGCUGGCUGGACAACACUCUUGCUAAGUCCAUCGUCUGUAACCGACUUUAAGCAGCCUGGAGACCACCCCAAUAGACCACCGAUAUUGUCCACCCAGGCUCAGUUUUCACUGUGAUCGCUAUACAUUUUAGGGUAGUGGUCUUAUGGAAUAACCGUCAAGCAAAUUGUAUUAGC